CAAUAGGCGGCAAGUGUGAGUCUUUUAAUGAGGAACUACCAACACGUGUGUUCUUCUCUACGUCUGUUGUUCUUUAAAACAGUUUUUAACAACAUUGACGUCUCAUAAGUUUAUGACGAUUGUUGCAUAUAUUCAUAACUUCGUUUAAAGAUGUAUAUGAGUGAAGAAAUUACCCAGUACGACCCUAACGAGGUAGAAGAGGCCGAAGUAACCCCAGAACUCGAGCUGCCUCCUGUGGUAACACGGACCCGUAGCGGACGCAGAGUGCGAACUCCUGCAGCCCUUCUCGAUUCUGAAGUACCCAGCCUCGUGAAGACUCCCAGUCGCAGAACUAGAAAGUCUGCUAUUCAAAAGUUACCUGAAAACAAGACAGGAAAUCAGAACACGGAACCGAAUACAACCAUUCCAGCCGUAAAACAAAUGAUUGAGUCUCCGACCAUGGUUAAAUCCGAUGGCGUAUCAAAUGAUGCAUGCAACGAGAAGGAAAACGAUGCCCGCACAAUACUAAUGGAAUUAGCUAUCCGGCCGCAAAUUAAAACUGCGAAAAGGACAAACCACUCGGAGUCAAGUGAGAAACGGAACUCGAGUAUACCGCUGGGCAAGCCUAAAUCUGGACGAGUAUGGAAAGAUCGCAACAAGCAAAGGUUCUCUGCAUUGCUGAGAGAUAAGCCACUGCGUUCCUCGUGGGAAAAGAAGAUGGAGGCCAAAAGAGGAAAGGAGAUGGUGAAAAAAUAUUCUCUUCAACUGAAAGAGGACAAGGCCAGAGAAAAGGAGGAUAAGAGGAAAAGGAGGGAAGAUAACUUAAAACGACGUGCAGAGAAUGAGAGGAAGGCAGAGGUUGUUCAAGUGAUCCGAAACACAUCAAAAAUCAAGAGGAUGAAAAAGAAACAACUGAGGAAGAUUGAGAAAAGGGACACGCUGGCCAUGCUGCAGAAGUCAAAACCCAAGACCCCAAAGGCUCCAGAGAAAGUGAUCAGUAAAUAUUGACUUGAGUGGGACGUUGAAGUAUGGUUAAACACACUAUAUUGAUUGUGUGUAUGGGGGGUUGUAAAAUCUAACCAUGGAUAUGUGGGUUAACACAGAUGAUGGUUAGAUGGGAAGUGUACAUUUUAUUGACACUGGAAAUUAACAUCUGAUCAAUUGUGUUCCUAUGUUUUUCAAUAAUAAACAUAUACAUUUCC